AUGGAUGUGGCUAUGGAAGAGGAAAAACAAAACGAGUUCUCAUCCUGCUGUCCACCCCAGAAGGGCAGCAGCUCCUCCACCCCUGAUGUGUUAGCAGCAGAGAACCAGGGUGACAGUCUGACCUCUUACACCCCUCGCCCCGGCACUGUUAUCCCCAAUCGGAUAUUCGUCGGGGGAAUCAACGACAAGGUUCGAGCGAGCGACCUGCUACAUAUCUUCUCUCAACACGGGGCAGUGAAAGAGGUGAAGCUUCUGAGCGAUCGAUUUGGAAUAUCAAAGGGAUAUGGCUUUGUUACAUUUGAGUCCCAAGAAGAUGCGCUGAAAGUCCUUCAUGAUACUAAUGGAGUAUGUUUGAAAGGCAAGAAGCUCUGCAUCGCUCAGGCUGUCCGCAAGCAAAGAGCCUCAGGACCAACUAAGAGGACGACCCCUUACUUCACCGUGCCUCUGCCGAUGAGCUGUGACAGCGAGUACCUGAACACAUCUGCAGGGUUUCCAUACACCUACAGCAACGGAGUGGCCUACUUCCAACAUCCAUACUGCCCCAACAUGAGCCCUCCUGCCCCCCAGUGGCCUCCCGUCUACCAGCAACCGGUCUAUCACGAGCAACCGGUCUAUCACGAGCAACCGGUCUAUCACGAGCAACCGGUCUAUCACGAGCAACCGGUCUAUCACGAGCAACCGGUCUAUCACGAGCAACCGGUCUAUCACGAGCAACCGGUCUAUCACGAGCAACCAGUCUAUCACCAGCAACCAGUCUAUCACGAGCAACCAGUCUAUCACGAGCAACCAGUCUAUCACCAGCAACCAGUCUAUCACGAGCAACCAGUCUAUCACGAGCAACCAGUCUAUCACCAGCAACCAGUCCAUCACGAGCAACCAGUCUAUCACGAGCAACCAGUCUAUCACCAGCAACCAGUCCAUCACGAGCAACCGGUCUAUCACCAGGAACCAGUCCAUCACGAGCAACCGGCCUAUCACCAGCAACCAGUCCAUCACGAGCAACCGGCCUAUCACGAGCAACCGUUUGAAGAGCCCACGGUGCCGCAGGUUUCCCCGCUGUUUCCUCCCAGAAGUGAAGGAAUAACGCCCUUUGUUCAGCAACCACAGCCACAGUACCUCCGUUACCUCCACCACAAGGACUUCCACUUCCUGCCAGGAGCAGCAGAGCCGCCGGACGCCUCCAUGCUUCACACUCUCCAACCUGUAAUGUAGGCUAAACACUGACACUGACACGCACGCACGCACGCACGCUCUGAUCCAUUUAAAACCUUUUUUCUACAGUUUUUAGUAUGAUGAUGUGAGGGAAAUGUCUCUGCAGUAUCGACACUGGACUGUGGUCUUUGAAACCAUCUCAAAUUGGUUUAAUUACCAUAUAGACAAACCUAUUUUAUAUAAAACAGACUGAUUACUAGUGCCAGGACAAUUUGCCCAUGAAAGUGUUUUUCUGGGUACGUAGCAAAGUUGAUCAAGAUUCAUAAUUUGAUAUAUUGAGAAAUGUAUAGAGUAUUAUUUAGAUAAAAGGAAAGUAUUUACCUAAUUUAAUAACCUCGAAGUGCCUACAGUAUAAUCCCGUUUAACUGCAGCCAGUCUUUGUUUGCUCAAACGUUUUAUCGUUAAUUGAUGAUAAGACAAACUCAGGAACUCAUCUCAAAUGUGCUUAUUAAUUUAUUUUCUUGGGUUAUAAAGUGUUUUAAUUCAAGUUAAAAUGUUGAAAUACAUUUUAUUGCGUGCGUUUUGUGACAUUGCUUUUAGUUUUUUAGAAGUGGAAUGUUAACCAGAGAAUAUCCUCAUGUUAAAAAUGUUUAUUCGUUGACAACAAAUAGUUCAGUGUGUUUCAAGCUGAAAAUAAAUG